AAAAAACGCACCCUUACAAACAAAAUCUUUUGUCUGAAAACACUGCUGUGUCUAUAAAUUAUACUUACUGAUCUGCAGUGUAAUCUUUAAGACCCUUUUGCAUUUCAAGAAUAUAUAUUUAUUAAAACAAACAAACACAAAACCCAUGAAUCAAUAAUGAGCCCUGCAAUUUUUUUCACAUUUUGUGAUGUAACUUGUAAGUAGUGUGUUUUAUCACUUCAGAUUUACUAUAUUCUCAAGAUCAACAAUCCCUUUUGCUUUCAGAUUCAUUACUGGGUGGGAGUGUCAUCCAAUUUGCAGAGUAUGACGGAUACUGAUAUCUACAUACCUGCUGCAGAAAAUGGACCGACAGGUGAAAAUGGAGUACACGAACAAGUUCCAAAUAAGUGGAAAGAAGAAAUGUCUCAGGAGGAAGUAAGUGGGACUACUAAAAGUAGUUCCGACAUUGAAGAAUCGAUUGGAAAUUUUAAAGAAAUGCUUCAGCUGAAUGGAAACUCCUUAGGUCAGGAAGUGGACCCAUCAAUGUUGUCUGAUCAGAGUAAUAGCCUUGCAGUAUCUAAGGAGCCUGAAGUGAAAGAAAUGAAUGAGUCGAAGGGUCCUACAUUUCGAAAAGAUAUUGUCACUUCUAAGAAUGGGAAGCAUUUGGGCCCCAAAAAAGCUUCAGGUACGCAAGUGAAGAGUAACAAGGAGGGAAAUAUGUUACGAUCAACUCCUUCUCAAGUUAAGCAAUCAAAAAUUUGCAAUGGACGGUCAGCUUCGGAGAAUGUGACAGAAUCACAAGUCCUAUUAGAGAAGAUGAAACCAGACAAAGGGAUAAAACUCGAGCCAAAUAAAGCUGAAGGCAACACUGGUACAGGAGAUGGUAAACCCCAAAGAGCAGGUAUGCUGCCUUCAUAUGGUUUCAGUUUUAAGUGCAAUGAAAGAGCUGAGAAGAGAAGAGAGUACUUCUCGAAACUUGAGGAAAAGAUCCAGGCCAAGGAAAUGGAGAAGAGUGACCUACAAGCUAAAACCAAGGAGCAACAAGAAGCUGAGAUUAAGAUGUUGAGGAAGAGUUUGAAAUUUAAAGCUACACCCAUGCCAAGCUUCUAUCAGGAACCUCCUCCCAAACCAGAGUUGAAGAAGAAACCAACAACAAGAGCAAAGUCCCCCAAGUUUGCUCGCAAAGAAUUGCUCAGUGGAGAUUCUGAAGAAAACAGUGGACGUCAUAUCCGUUCCAGCAGGUUAAGUGUCGAUGACAAAUUGAUUCAGAAAAAUUCUGCUAAAGGACCUUCUACCAUUCAAUUAAAGAAGCCUAUGCGGAAGUCCCUUCCUAAGCUGCCUUCACAGAAAACCAACAUGGCAAGUGAAAAAAAUGCAGCUGCAUCUCAGAAGAUUAUCCUAGUGGAAGAAACAAAUAAAUUGGUGUCUCAAGAAACUUCAGAAUCUGAUACUAGUAAUGCAAGUUCAGUUCAAAACAAUGUGGAACCACAUGUUGACCCAAGCUUGAUUCAGUCCGACAUCAGUUAUGCACCUGAAGUCAAAGACGGUAUACUGAUGCAGGAAACUAUCACAUCAGAGUACUAAAGUGAGCAGAGGAACAAGCGUGCUCAUAGAGAUGAGAGUACAUCAUUAUCAUCAAAGAAUUGAAGAAAAAUUGAUAUGGACAUGAAUGAUAGUCGUCAGAGGGGAUUGAAGGUAUGAUAUUUAACAGUGAUAUACUGCGUCUUGUUCAUAAUCAGCAACAAGAUUUGAUUGUGUUGUGCAUUUAAUUUGAUUAUUUCUGGUUUGAUGACCCAGUAUUCUAGAGUCCUGAAUAACAUUUCAUCACCACUCGUCUCGCUAUAAUUCACAUUUAAUAUGCCAUGGCUGUUCGACAUUAGGGAAGUGGACAAGUUUUGUUUCAAUGA